UGUGCAGAAACAACUAUUAAAAAUUUAAUAAAUAAUAACAAUUCAUUUGUAACGAUGCAGUUUAACUUAAUAGUUUUUACAUAUUAUUGCAGUUUGGUAUUUUUGUUGGGAAUCGUAAGUUCAUCAGAGGCAGGUGAUGAAAACCUUCAAUAUUUUGGGGCACCAGAACAAAAGCCACAUACUGAUGAAUUAGCCGAUCUAUCUUACGGAAACAGCUUUCUAGACGACCGAAAUAAACGACGUGCUAGUAAUGUAUUUGCCAAUUCACUUGCCAAAGCUGGUUCAAAUUCUGGUGAAUUAUUAUCAAAUGGCUAUUUGUAUGGUAGACCAUCAUCAGCAUCUGCCAAUACCCAAGCGUAUGCAAAUAAUUAUGGUGAUGUCUACGGGGGUAGUGGAUCAUCUGCAAAUGCUCAAGCUUCUGCUUUAUCAAAUGGCUACGGAUACUCUCCAAAAGUUUCUAUCGUUAGACAACCCGUAAUUACAUCUGUUGUACGUACUCCACCUUCUGUCACAGUGAUUCCAUAUACGGUUGGCGGAGGUGGGUACUCAUCUGCAAGCUCCGACGCUUCAUCUAGUUCAUAUGGAUCAUCAUCCAGCUCAAAUUCUUUAGCACAAGGCGAAUCUUAUGGUUUGAAUGGUGUUGAUUUAGGAUCACUAUGGUCUGGUUUUGAAACGCCAGUCUCAUAUAACUAUGGUAAUGCAUUGGGAAAUGCUAACAGUUACGGCUACGAAAGAUUAAGCUCGAGUAGUGCAAUUUCUAAAGCUCUUGCAUCUUCACAAGGUUAUCAACAAGGCUAUUCAGUACCGUCUUAUAUACCUGCUCCAAGAUAUGUAUCCGCUCCAAUACCUUUUAUGGUGUCUCCUUCAGUAGCUAAUAGCUAUGCAGGAGCAAAUAGCUAUGCAGGUGGAAAUGGAUAUGGUUCAGCAGGCGCUAAUGCUGAGGCAUCUGCUUUCGGAAAUACGCUUAGUAGUAUUCUAGGCAGUAUGGGUAUAGGAAAUUGGGAAGUAUAUGGGGCACCUACUCCAUCAAGUUCAUAUGCCGCUGCUGAUGCUGCAGUUAAUGGAUAUGGAGAUGCUCAAGCCAAAGCUAUUGCACAAACACUAGGGCGACGAUUUUUAGGAGGAAGUUUCGCAAACUCUGACGCAAAUGCAUACUCAAAUUCCAUAAACCCGUAUGUAAAACCAGUCUAUCAAUCAGCCUAUCCAACAGUCAAUCCAUCCGUUUAUCCAUCAGUCUAUCCUUCGGUCUAUCCUCAAGUCUAUCCGUCGGUUUAUCCAAAAAUUAAUUCAUAUCAAGUAUAUCGUCCCAGACCUGUAUACCCCGUGGUUGAUAACGCUUAUCCCGUUUUACCCAGCAUAUUAGCUCCAAGAAAGCCAAAAAUAAUUUUAAAUGCUGAUGCCGUUGCCCAAAAAGAUGGUACUUUGAAAGCAGUAAUUGAAGCUAUACUAGAAGCCAGAAGAAGAUCUGAAAAUCCUGCCCAAAAUUGAGAUCAUGACGUUGUGAUAACUAAAUGAAUUUUAUUAUUUAUUUUUCUAUAAGAUUGAAUACAAAAAGAUAUUUAAUAAAUUAAAUAUU